CACAAAAAACUUCUCCUUGUCAGAAAAAAAAAAACUGAAUCUCUCUGUUUUUUUUUCUCUCACAAAAUCUCAAUUUCAAUGGAGACAUUGAAGAAGAAUCCGUCAGUGAGAAGAAAAAGCAAGUUAGCGAGAACAUUCCAGAAAGUAUGUAACCUAAGAACAACGUCGACGAAGGUCUCCUCCAACAACGGAAUCGGAAUCUGUAUGUUAAAGUCACAAAAUCCAAAUUUCAACGAUGAAGACGACGACGGAGACUCUGUUUUCGAUUUAAAGAGUACUUCCAGUAGCAGAAGCGGAGAGAUCAAAGUCCGAGAGCGUCGUAGAGCUGUUUUAGAAGCUGUGGUUGCGAAGAUCUUCGCUAGUACAACUUCCAUUAAAGCUGCUUACGCUGAGCUUCAGAUGGCGCAACGUCCCUACGAUAACGACGCUAUACAAGCGGCGGAUACGGCGGUGGUCGAAGAGCUUAGAGCUUUAUCGGAGCUUAAACGGAGUUUUCUCAGGAAGGAAUUGAAUCUAUCUCCGCAAGUUGCGAUUAUGUUAGCUGAGAUCCAGGAACAACAGAGUUUGAUGAGGACUUAUGAAAUCACGAUUAAGAAACUCGAAUUUGAAGUUACGGAGAAGAAAUUGAAGAUCGAUGAAUUGAAGAUGAGUCUUGAUGAGAAUUUGGUGAUGAAUAAAUCGUUGGAGAAGAAACUCACAGCGAGUGGAUCGAUUUCUGUGUUUGAUAAUAUUCAAAUUUCGAAUUUGAAUUUGAGUCAGUUUGUUCAGGUUUUAGGUUUUACGUUGAGAUCUGUUAGAAGCUUUGUGAAAUUGAUUGUGAAGGAGAUGGAAUCAGCGAGCUGGGAUCUAGACGCCGCCGCUUCCGCCGCUGUUUCGGUGAACGUUAAAAACGCUUCCACCGUUUUCGCGAGACCGAGUCACCGUUGUUUCGCGUUUGAAUCGUUUGUUUGUGGGAAAAUGUUUGAGAGUUUCGAAUCAACUGAUUUCUCAAGUCGUGAGGAGUUUGAAAACGUGAGAUCCGUUGACCCGAUUCAGUGCUUGACCCGGAACCCGGGUUCGUCUUUUGCGAGGUUCGUGGUUCAUAAGUACUUGAGCGUUGUACACGCGAAGAUGGAGUGUUCUUUCUUCGGGAACUUGAACCAGAGGAAACUGGUUAACUCGGGUGGGUUUCCGGAUUCGGGUUUCUUCGCAACGUUUUGUGAAAUGGCUAAACGGAUCUGGCUUCUACACUGCUUAGCGUUUUCUUUAAACGAAAACGUCACGGUGUUUCAGCUCAAAAGAGGGUGUAGAUUCUCUCAAGUGUAUAUGGAGAGUGUGAAAUCAGGCGAUGAGUCACUCUUCUCCGGUGAUAAUUCAGAUAUUCGGGUCGGGUUCACUAUUGUUCCCGGGUUUAAAAUCGGUGAGAAUGUGGUACAAAGCCAGGUUUACUUGUCUCCGGUUAACGGUUUUACUUCAUGAAUAGCCAACAAGAACAGAAUCAGAAGGAAAACGCGGUGGUUGUGUUCACGCGCCGGGAAGAAAAAGAGAGGUGGCGCGUGGAAAGGAAAUGGUGGGGACAUGAUUCCUUGGGGGCAGCAAGACUGGCAAGUGGGACAUGUUUUGAGAAUGUGACGGAGACAGAAAAUGGCGCGAGGGACAAUCAUCA